CGCUCUCCCCUGUCCCCUGCUAUGGGCAGGGCCUGGCUGGGGUAUAAAUAGGUCAGACCUCUGGGCCGUCCCCAUUCUUCCCUUCUCUACAACCCUCUCUCCUCAGUGCUUCUUCUUUCUUGGUUUGAUCCUGACUGCUGUCAUGGCGUGCCCUCUGGAGAAGGCCCUGGAUGUGAUGGUGUCCACCUUCCACAAGUACUCAGGCAAAGAGGGUGACAAGUUCAAGCUCAACAAGUCAGAGCUAAAGGAGCUGCUGACCCGGGAGCUGCCCAGCUUCUUGGGGAAAAGGACAGAUGAAGCUGCUUUCCAGAAGCUGAUGAGCAACUUGGACAGCAACAGGGACAACGAGGUGGACUUCCAAGAGUACUGUGUCUUCCUGUCCUGCAUCGCCAUGAUGUGUAACGAAUUCUUUGAAGGCUUCCCAGAUAAGCAGCCCAGGAAGAAAUGAAAGCUCCUCUGAUGUGGUUGGGGGGUCUGCAAGCUGGGGCCUUCACUGUCGCCAGUGGGCACAGUGCCCCACCCUGGCUCCUUCAGACACGUGCUUGAUGCUGAGCAAGUUCAAUAAAGAUUCUUGGAAGUUUUGA